UUUCGUUUGAAAGAUGAUUGGGAAUAUUUUCGUAAUUUUUUCUGUAAUUACUGCCUGUAAUGCGUUAAAAGAUGCAUGCCAAAGCCCUCCAAUUGUUUUCGAGAAGUUAAUGGAAAAUGGUGAGGCUCUAGCUGAAAAAGAUAUCAUCUCAAGUCAUGUCGUUCGCCAUCUCAUGGAAUGUUCUAUGAAAUGCGUUCCGGAGCAGCAAUGUAUUGGCUUUAACUACCUUUACAGUGUACAAGAACAUGAGAUUAACUGUCAAACCAGCAAUAUGACAAUAAGUAAUGUCUCAAAAACUGUGCCUUCCAAAGGAAAUUGGAUUUUUUAUCAAACAACUACAAAAGUCUUGAAACAACCAUGUAUUACCAAAGAUGAAAACAACUGGAUAGCCCUAAAGGAUACAAGUAUUCUAAAAUGUAAAAACGAUUGGAUACUACAACUCAGACAAUGGCUUCCAUCGUUCUUGAAUAGCAAAAAGACGGUCCAUUGUUAUCAAGCAACAGUAAAUGGAUGGGAUGCAAGCACAUUUCACAGUCGUUGCGACAAUAAAGGACAGACAUUGGCAAUUGUAAAAGUUGGACCCUAUGUCUUUGGGGGAUUUGCUUCGGAGUCUUGGGGAGGAAAUCAACGUUACAUCAGGGCAGAAAGAUCGUUUAUUUUUUCCUUAAAAAACAAGGAUAAUCUACAACCAUUCAAAUCUGACCCGUCUAUACUUCCACAAUAUGCAAUGUUCACGAAAUACGACUAUGGACCUACAUUUGGACAUUCUCAUGAUUUGUACAUCGCCAACAUUGCCAACUCUAAUUCCCAUUCCUGGACAAAAUGGUUUGGAAAUUCCUACAAACUUCCAAAUGGUUAUACUUACUUAAGUGAUAAAACUCAAAACUUGUUAGCAGGUUCCCCUUAUUUCACACCAGAUGAGGUGGAGGUAUUUUAUUUUUCUUCAUAAAUAAACUAAACAUGAAAGAAUAAAUAGUAUGAAGACAGACAGAAUUUUCUAAAUUUUCAACUGUAUUAGAGCAAACUUAA